AUGGGUCUUAGAGGACGUCCUGUCCCUCCACCCACUCAGAAUGUACGUCCAUUCCGUGCCUCCUCUAUAAGAAGUAACAGAUCCUCUGUUCUUACAAUAGACUCCUCCCUCCACUCCUCUCCUUUUAACUCUCCUCAUAUGGUCCACCGCGCUCCCAUGAGAAGGAGAGACUCUGCCCGACUUCCUUCUCGCCCCAUAGCUCGAGGGCGUCCCCUCAUAGCCAAGCAGUCUAUGAAAAGGGUACCUCCAGCCUCCCCACAAUUCUCUCUUAAACACUCUAGGCCAUCAUCAACUUAUGAACAGCCUGUGGCCCGCUCAUCUCCCAUGCUCUCUGGGGCUAUACAAAAUCGUGCUUUGCGAGAUGCAUCUUAUGCAUUUCCGUUGCAAAACCCAAUGUCACCAUAUGAACAGCCUCUGCCCCCUUCUUCUCCAGUACUGUCUGGAGCUCUGCAAAACCAGGCAGUGAGAGAAGCAUCCUAUAUGUCGCCACUCCCGAGACCUCAAGGUGUGGCUUCUUAUCAAACUCCACAGUUACAUUCACCAUAUGGUCCAACUGUUAUUACUCCAUAUGAUUAUAUCUCGGAACCUGGUCCAUCGCCCCUGCUCCAUGAUGCACUGCAAAACAGAUCUAAUUUGCAGAAUGUUGCCCUGCAUAACCCGCACUUGAUGCAAGUAUCAUACCAGCUUCCGGAUGGGACCCUGAUGUCACCAUAUGCAAAUUCACGGUCCCCCUCAGUGCUUGGCCAUGCUCUCCAAAACCAACAAGUUCGCGGAGCCUCAUACAUCUUGCCUGAUGGAUCAGUUAUCAGGUCAAUGUCACCUAACCUCUCUGGAGCUCUUCAAAACAAGGAUCUUAGGACUGCUUCAUACACUCUUCCUGAUGGCACCAUUAUGGAUCCAAGGCAGCAAGUAAACCAUGACUCGUAAUUCUUUAUCUAAAUUUGAAUUAAUCUUUAACUUAUAUGUUUAAAUCUUUCCUUGAGUAACAUUUGUUAAAUAUUUUGUAAUAGAACUUAAUUCAUAUUUUUCUUUGUUUACUGUCUGUUCGUUUAGCAAAGCAUUUCCCCAAACCUUACUAAGGCAUUAAACAACCAAGCUCUACGUGAAGCCUCUUUCUCUCUCCCUGAUGGAACCAUUGUGAUCGACUCCAAGCAGCAAAAGUCCCCAAAUCUUAAAGCAGCACUUCAAAACCCUUACGUGAAGAGUGCCUCUUAUGCCCUUCCAGAUGGCACUAUCAUCAUCGAUCCACGGAAGCCUAUAUCGCCAAACCUGUCCAGUGCUCUACUGAGCUCUUCACUGUUGAACGCUUCCUUCAGACUACCAGAGGGGGUUCGAGACCCCAAUACUCCUGUAUCCCCAAACCUGGCUAAGGCUCUCAAUAACCCAGCUUUGAAAGGAGCUUCAUACACUCUCCAAGAUGGAACUGUCAUUGUGGAUCCAAGGAAACCAAAGAGCCCCAACCUGAAAGCUGCCCUACAAAAUCCCUAUCUAAAGAGCGUGUCCUAUGCUUUACCUGAUGGAACUAUUAUCAUUGACCCGCGGAAACCAGUUGCCCCUAACCUGUCUAAAGCUCUAAUGAAUGAGAACCUUCGUAAUGCAUCAUUCCAGCUGCGUGAUGCUCCUCUGGUUGUUCCUGGGCAGAAGCCCUCCACUCCAAACCUAACAGCUGCUCUUAGGCAAAACAAGGACCUUCGUUCCACAAGUCUCUUUCAUCUCUCAGAAAACUCUGUACUGUCAGGGGCACCCAAACCAACUAGUCCCAACCUUAACUCUGCACUGAGGAGAGAAGACCUGCGAGUUGCCAAUUUCAGAUUUGAACAACAUUAUAAAAUCCUGUGUUGCAUGUUCUUUGUGAAAGAGAGCUACUCCUGGUUCCACAGGCUUCCAGAUCGCUCUCUUCUCACACGACGGUUCCACAACCCAAGUUUGUCUGACGCAGUGCAAAACCAGCAGCUUCGCUAUGCUUCAUACAAUGUGCCAAUGGGACUGCAGGGGCAAGACCACCGAUAUGCUGUCAUACCCCCUUAUGGGCCACGCUCUGGACAUUGGGCCAGGAAUACCAGAGGAGGAAGUGAAGGUGGGGAGGAUGUUUGGGCAGCUGAGAGAGUUUUACCACAUGGUACGCUCCAGAAUUUGUCUAAGUGGUCCAUGUACAGAGAAGAUGGGGUACUAGAAGGAUAUUGUCCCACUCCUCAUGGUGUCGAUGGACAGCCUCAGGACUUGGACUGGACUCCUGACAGAAAAAGAGUGCCAGGUCAAAGCUGGUAUGACAAGAUUUACUGUAUCAUAAGCAUGCCCACAUCAGGGCACAGGGUGAAACGCUGGGCAGAGGGAAUGGAAGACAUGACCCAACUCACUGAACUGAAUGAGAAUACAGUUCUGAUGAACCUGAAGAAACGCUUCGACCAAGAACUUGUAUAUACAUACAUAGGUAGCAUCCUUGUGUCUGUGAACCCUUACAAGUUGCUCAACAUUUACGGCACAGACAUGGUGCAUCAGUACGAAGGCCAUGGUCUAAGUGACAACCCUCCUCAUCUUUUUGCCAUUGCUAAUCUUUCAUAUACGACCAUGAUGGAUGCCAAAAAGGAACAGUGUAUUGUGAUCAGUGGAGAAAGUGGGGCAGGAAAGACAGAAGCCACGAAACUGAUCCUGCGUUACUUGACAGCCAUACAUCACAAGCGCAACAUUGCACAGCAGAUACAGAUACUUGAGGCCACGCCCUUGCUGGAGUCUUUCGGGAAUGCCAAAACAGUGCGUAAUGACAACUCUUCACGCUUUGGCAAAUACACGCAGAUCUACAUGGAUGAGGGUGUUAUCAGCGGUGCCAUAACAUCUCAGUACCUGUUGGAGAAGUCCCGCAUUGUCUUUCAGGCCAAAUCAGAGAGGAACUACCAUAUCUUCUAUGAGAUGUUGGCAGGUCUUCCCCCUAAUGAGAAGCCCUCGUUGCAUCUACAAGAAGCUGAGACUUACUACUAUCUGAAUCAGGGAGGGAACUGUACCAUUGAGGGGAAGGAUGAUGGGGAGGACUUCAGGCGUUUGCUGAGUGCCAUGGACAUCCUGUGUUUCACCCCAGAAGAGCAAAACAGUAUCUACAGACUUCUGUCCUCUGUCCUUCAUCUGGGGAACAUCUACUUCCAACGACACCAGGCUGAAGGCGAGGAAGUUGCAUCGGUGGUGAGCGCGCAGGAGAUCAGGGUGGUAGCUGAGCUACUGCAGGUCUCACCCGAGAGCCUGCAGAGAUCUGUCACCUUCAAAAUGACAGACACAGUGAGGGAAAAGAUCUACACUCCACUGACAGUGGAGAGUGCUGUGGAUGCAAGAGAUGCUGUUGCCAAGAUCCUGUAUUCGCUCCUGUUUAGUUGGCUGACAGAGCGUAUCAACGGAAGGGUCUACCCUCGCAACGAAGCCCUCUCCAUCUCCGUAUUGGACAUAUAUGGAUUUGAGGAGCUGCAGAUGAACAGUUUUGAACAGCUAUGCAUCAACUACGCUAAUGAAACAUUGCAGUUCUACUUUCAAAGGGUCAUAUUCCAGGAGGAGCAGGAGGAGUACAUGCGGGAACAGAUCGAGUGGCAGCAGCGAGCCGUCGGAAACAACCAGGCAUGUCUUGACCUCAUUGCUGCGAAACCUCACGGGAUACUACGCAUACUGGAUGACCAGUGCAGUUUCCCCCAGGCAACAGACCACACCUUCCUCCAGAAGUGCCACUAUCACCAUGGAAACAACCCGUUAUAUGCCAGGCCAAAGAUGCCACUGCCAGAGUUCACUCUGAAACACUAUGCAGGGAAGGUUACAUAUCAGGUGCACAAAUUCUUGGAUAAGAACUUUGACGUGGUUCGCCAGGAUGUUUUAGACCUCUUCAUCCAGAGCAAGAACAGAAUGGUGUCAAGCCUCUUCUUGAAGUUCUCCGAGUCUCUGUCACAGCAGCGUUCUAGCUUGCGACGUGGCAGCUCGGCUCGACGUCAUCAGGCCAACACGGUCAGUGCAAAGUUUCAGGAAAGCCUACAGGAGCUGCUGGACAAAAUGAAACGGUGUAACCCUUAUUUUGUGCGAUGCAUCAAGCCAAACCACCGUAAGGAGCCAGGAGUGUUUGACAUGGAGCUGGUCAACACCCAGUUGCACUACUCUGGUGUUAUGGAGACAAUCCAUAUGAGAAAGGAGGGUUAUCCAAUCAAAAUGCACUUUCACAGCUUCCUAUCAAGGUAUAAAGCUCUGUUAUGCCUGAAGGAUCUUCCACCUGCAGAUGGAGAAAAUUGUGCUGUCAUGCUCCACAAACUUUGCCCUGUCAGAAAGGGCUCGUAUCAGGUGGGAGUCAGCAAGAUUUUCCUAAAAGAAGAAUUGUAUCAACUGUUGGAGGGGAAACGUGAUCGAGUGCUGGAUAUAGCUGCCAUGACACUGCAGAAAUACACCCGCACAUAUUUUGUACGACAGAAUUUUAAGAAAUUCAGACAUCGGUUGACCCUGUUUCAAGCUCGUUGCAAAGGGUACCUGGCCAGGAGACAGUUUGCCUUGAGGAGGAAAUAUCUCAUCAAGCUACGUUCUGCUGUGCUGGUAAUCAUCAACCGCCAGCGCUACAUGAGGACAGUGGUGGAGUCUGCAAGAAAGGCAGAAGAAGUAAGUAAAGGUGAAAAUGAUCGCAUUAAUCGGGAAGUCAUGAAUGUGACAACACUGCCUAUCCCUGCUGAGCUGGCUGGCCUUCUACAAGCUGCUUCAGCUGGUGAGGAGCUGCAUUCUGACUGCUUAGCACUGGUUCAAGCUCCAAAAGUUCAGGUGGUCCCUCAGCUGACCCUGCCCCUGGAUAUCAACAACUACCUCAUGACGCACUACAUACGGGCCAUAUUUAGGGAGCCAUUGUUUGGGAUGCUCACAGCCCCGCUGGAGAAUACCCUGGUCCGACUGGGCGAGGAGUUAAAACAAGGAGCACUAAAUGUUUUUAUUCUGAUACUCAAAUUUAUGGGUGACCCAAAUUUGAAUGGUGCUCAGGAGAAUUUGUUUGGGAACUACAUCAUCCAGAGAGGACUUGCCAUUCCCAGCCUGAGAGACGAGAUCCUGGCACAGAUCGCCAAUCAGUCAUGGAGAAAUCCUAAUAUGCUGAAUUCUGAGCGGGGCUGGCUCCUCCUCUCCUCUUGUCUUUCUGCCUUCCUGCCCUCCCAAAGGCUGUCUAAGUACCUGCUUAAGUUUGUGUCAGACUACGGCCCAGAGGGCUACAACUGUAUGUGUCAGCACCGUCUGCUUCAGGCUUUGCAUCGUCUCAGUGCUGGGCCGGAGUACGUCCGGACAUACCCACCCUGUCUACUAGAGUGGACCGCCAAUCGCAAGAAAGCUCACAUGGUUCUCCACAUAUACUGCUUUGAUGGUGUUUCCUUCCUGUGUCCGCUGCAUUCGUGGACGACAGGAGAAGAGAUAGCCAAAGACAUCUUACAACACAGGGGUGUGGUAGAGGGUCGUCAGGGCUGGUCAGUGCUGCUAAAGGAGCCGGCUCAGUGGGUUGAACUGGAGGGCUCCGACUAUGUCCUGGACUUGAUGUCAGACUUGGAGCUUCCUGCUGACUUCCCCAAACACAGCAGCUACUUCAUCAUCUCUGCUCUGGAGCCAAACAGAGUGCGGCCCAAUGCCAGCAUAAGCCUGUUGGGUGGUGGCUUUGACAUGAAUGAUGACAUCAUUUCUUCAGCCUUCCCUGGCUCUGAUGGACUCAGUGAAGGUAAGCUGUACAGCAAACAUACAAGCGCAGACAUUGACUAUGAUCAGAAUAGAAUAGAAUAGUCAAAAUUGUCUCUUCUCCCCCCUGCAGACUUCGAGCCUCAGAGAGGGAUGGAUCGUUACCUUGACAGCCUGUUCGAUCCUGUACUAUCUGACAGAGCUGGAGAAGUUGAAUCAGCUGCAGGACUAUCCGGCAGGAUGAAGGGUGCUGGGGGAGUUGGUGGGAGGUGGCAACAAGAGGGUGCAUCCACCGGCCCCCAACCUCCUCCUGGAGCAGUAAGAGUCCUUCCUGUGGGAGGUAUGAUGUCACCUCCUGUUGCUGCAGUGGCACCUGUAACAUCUGAUUCCCAGCAGGCCGCUUUGGCCCAGCAACACCAGACAAUUGUGAACCAGCAGGCUGUCAUCAUGGCCCAGCAGAUUACCAUGCAAGCCAUGGCCAUGGUGGGCAGCCCAGUGUCAAGCCCUCCCACCUCGCCCAUCACGAGCCCUCCCAUGAGUCCUCUGCUCCAUCACCCUCCGAGCUCAUUUCCCCCUGCCAGCCCAUAUGCUGUCCUACCCCCAAGUCCAUAUGCAAACAUCCCACCAAGCCCGUAUGCUAACUUCACUCCAACUCCAUAUGCAGUGGCAAACAUCCCGCCCAGCCCUUAUCCUCCUUCUGCUCACCAGGAACAACCCCCAUCACAGCCACAAGCUCAGCUUCGUUCUGAUUACUACACUGAGCCGUGGGGGCAGCCUCAGCUUCGAGCUCCCCACAGUGACCCUCAGCUAAAUUUCCCCAAAGCUGAUCCAGCACAGCCGAAAGCUGCACGAUCAGGUAAGCAUAGCCUCCCUCAGACGAAGAUGCCAGGUGUCUCCACAAACAAAGAACCAGCCAGGACAUUUGGUCCAGUUGUGACGUCUCAUCCGCCCCCUGCUGGAGAACUGGUGAAAUAUUCAGCUAAAGCUACAGACCACAUCAUCCCCAGCCAAGACAUCCAAGAAAUAAUCAGAAGGUACAACUCUCCACCGCCACCACACGAUCUGCUACCUCCCGGCAAAAGGAAAGCAGAUGGGAAGUUUAAGAAGAAGCAAACACCUCGUGAUGAAGCUUUACAGAUCCUCAAACCUCAGAUGCACAACCCUCCUGCUCCACAGUCCAAACGGCUUGUUGCCCCUUCACCCUCUGCUUCUGCGAUGAAAGAGGCAGGAUUUAAACCCAUCAAGAGCCCAAAGAUGAGACCUCUGCCAGUACCUCCUCCAGUUUCUCGAGAGCUUCCAGUAGAGACAGAGACCAUUCAGACGCAGCUUCACCAGAGCACCAAUGAGGAGCAGUACACCUACACCAAUGUUCCCUGGAGGCUGUAUCUCAGGAAAGAGGUGUUCUAUCCAAAAGAGAGCUUCAACAAUCCUCUGGUGCUAGAUCUCAUUUUUAAACAGAUAGUGAAUGACACUCUGUCAGAGGCAUGUGUUCGCAUCACCCGGGAUGAAAGGCAGAAAAUGAAAGCCCUUUUCGCUAAACAUGGCGUUAAGCAGAAUAUGGAUCCGGUGGAGGAGCACGUGAAGAAGACAAUUGUGACAGCAGCCAGUGAAACCUGGCAAAUAUACUUCUCCAGACUCUUUCCUGCCUCGGGGAGUGUGGGAACAGGAGUGCAGUUGUUGUCAGUGUCCGACAGUGGUAUCAAAUUGCUGAAAACUGUAAGAAGCAGUGCAGCAGCUCCAGACUACUUCAGAGUCCUACGGCCUUACACUUAUGCAGACAUCCUGUUUGUGACCAUCCCAUCUGAGAACACGCUGGAGUUCAAUCUGACCAACGAGAAGCUGAUCCUGUUCUCAGCCAAAGCAUCACAAGUCAAACACCUCAUAGACACUUUCAUCAAUGAGAUCAAAAAGGACUCAGACUAUGUGAUUGCAGAGCGUAACUUUGUAACAGAAGACCACUCAAUGCUCACUUUUCAUAAAGGUGACAUCAUCAGGCUACAGGUUGUGGAUGGACUGGAGAAAGGUCACAGCUAUGGCUGUGUGGUGAGGAAGAAGGUCGUGUUUUUGGAAGAGCUGAAAAAAGACACUCCAGACUUUGGUUGGAAAUUUGGUGCCGUUUUUGGCCGCUCAGGUUCAUUCCCAACUGAGUGCGUUCAUCCUGUUGCUCCGCCGGACUUCCUCUCACUGCCCCUGGACCGAACAGCAGAGCCUCGAGAUGGAGCGGGACGGUUUGCUGUGUCGUCAGCUGUUGCUGUUGCUGUGGCGUCCACCAUGGCUGCACAUGAGAUAGAUCAAACAAUCGAGAGAGUUUCUAAUGACAGAUUUCAUGAUGGAGACUUGGAUGAGAGGAUCCUGCAGGACAAUAAAUAUGACAUGUUGGAGUUUGCCAGGAAGUUCUUCAGACAGGCAGGGAAAGGAGAUUCCCCGAAAAGCAAGAGCAGACAGUCCAGGGAGCUCACUGAGAUGAUCAAGUUCUCCAAGACUCCUCUGACUGAGUCUCUGAUAGAGUUCACAGACCGAGCCAUGGACAGAGUGGCAGCAGAUCUCUUCUUGUGCAUCAUGCGCUUCAUGGGUGACUCGCCGCUGAGGGGUCUGACAGAACAGGAAGUGGUCAGCUCUUUCCUCAAGCUGAUAGGCGAGUUCACCUUGAUGAGGGAUGAGGCUUACUGCCAGCUCCUCAAACAGCUUACUGCCAACACCAGCUCCAAACCCGAUAGUUGCCAACAUGGCUGGAGGUUGCUGUACAUCCUGACUGCAUUCCAUCGUUGCUCUGAAGUCCUCAAGCCCUUCCUGCUGAAAUACCUGCAACAGGCUUUCCGCGGCGCAGGGCCACAGUAUCAAGGCAUAGCUAAAGCAUGUGAACAGAAUCUAAAGAAGACGUUCCAGUAUGGAGGUCGCCUUGUUCCACCCAACAGCAUGGAGCUUAAGGCUGUGAUGGCGGGACGCAGUUCAAAACGUCAGCUGUUUCUUUUCCCUGGAGGCAUCGAACGUCACGUGAAAAUCAAAACCUGUUCUGUUGCCCUGGAGGUGGUGGAGGAAAUGUGUUAUGAGAUGGGCUUACACAGACUGGAAACCAUGGAGGAAUAUGCCAUAUUUUUAGUCACAAACAGAGGUCAGAAUGUGCGUCCUCUGAACAAAAAUGAAUACAUCCUGGACGUGGCCACAGAGGCUGAGUUAGUCGACACCAACUACAGCCUCUGGUUCAGACGAGUCGUCUGGACUCAGCCACUUAGGUUUGAGAAUGAGCUCUGUGUCGCCAUGCAGUAUAACCAGAUCCUUCCAGACUACUCUAAAGGUCUGCUGAAUGUUCUUCCACACGGAAAAGUGAGCAAUCAGCUGUUCCACCAAAUCUCCAAACUGGCAGCUUUGCAGCACAGAGCCAAAGACAUCAUCUUCAUCCCCAGCAUACAUGAAUUAUCGGAGUACAUCGCCACACCUCUCUUCAAAAAGCAGCCACCACAGCAGUGGGUUGCCAUGGUGACACGGCACAUGCAGCAAGUACAGGCCCUGAACCCACACCAGGCCAGAGCACAGUUUUUGGGGCUGGUCAGUGCAUUCCCCAUGUUCGGCUCCUCGUUCUUCUACAUCCACAGCAGCAGCUCAACCACUUUCUUUGCUCCCUGUAUUCUUGCUGUCAAUCAACAUGGUCUCCACUUCCUGCACAAAAAUACACAUGAACUGAUGGCAGUGGUCCCCCUGGUGGAGGUGCAGGCCAGCCGCACCCAGAGGCCCACGGCUGGCACAAGUUAUCCAUACGUCGACCUCACCGUGGGAGACACGAACACACAACGAGUCAUUCAGCUGCAGCUGGAGCAGGGUCUGGAGCUGUGUCGGGUUGUUGCCAUGCAUGUGGAAAACAUGAUGUCUGUGCGAGAAAAAAGCCUCACUCUUCCGCCCAGCGAAAUCACCAUGUUGUAACGUGUGCACACGCUCAGCUGUGCGUACAAGCUUUUCUUUACGUGUAGACGAAAGCUCUGGAGUAAAACCACUCCUUAUUUCCUUCAGGUGACUGUUAGCUCAGUAAAAUGUUUACUGGAAUAUUGAGGAAAAUGCAGUCCAGAAACGGUGAUGUUGGAUGCAGAGAUUUACUCUAUUCAUACAGUUGUACAUACCGUUUACUUUUAAUUUAUUACAUGUUUUGUCUUCACAGAAGCUGUUGAUUUGUGAGGACCUGUUUUUAAUGCUAUAUUUGUCUAACAGUUUUGUAAAUUACUGUUUUUAUGGAGUUUUUAUAUG